AUGGUCUGCUCGGCUGCCCCUGUGCUACUCCUGGCCAUGACUCUCCCUCUGGUGGGGUCACCACUUGCCCGAGAGUCCCAGCCUGGCCAGGGUCAGGCUGGAGGCGAAUCAGGGCAGCAAUUGGACCAAGAACGUGGAGCAGGUGAAUCGGUCCUGGUCUCCGUCUAUGUACAGCUGUACUUUUCAAGUGAGCGCCGGCCGGCGGCACUAUCCAGGCCCCUGACACUCCCUGCCGCCUCGGUUUCCUCUGCCCCAGUAACUCUCACCGGCCUCAGCCUCACAGCAGAGUGCGGUGUCACCCACAAGGGGUGUAGCUACUGUGCUUGCCUCUCUGGGUACCAGUGGAACGCCAGCGUCUGCUCCCAUCACCGUCCCUGCCAAACCCCCCUCAAGCACCGGCCUUGUGGCUGCCUUGUCUUCGGCCCUGCUGAAGCCGGGUACUGCCAGCUGCUGCCACCUGUCCCCGCGGCCCUGAGCCUCAGCUCCUGGCUGCAGACGCCUGGUGACACCCUGAACCUGACCCGCCUCACAAGCCAGGAGACCACCAACCUGAACUGGUUCCUGUGGCCCACAGGGAGCCCCAGCCCCAUCCUCCUGCAGGCAGGGACACGUGUGUCCUUGACCUCCAGCCGGGACCGGGCUGUCCUCAGCAUUGUCAACAUCUCCCAUAAAUGGGCAGGUGAGUACAUAUGCUGCUUUGAGGCCCGGGGAUUCAGGUGGGAGCUGCACCAGAUGGUGAGGGUGCCCCUGCAGGUGACAGACGUGGCUGGGCUCCCAGACCAGCUCUCCAUCUCCUGUGCCACCUCCCCUGGCUUCCAGCUGAGCUGCUGCAUCCCCAGUGCCCACCUGGGCUACACGGCUUCCUGGAGCCCCAGAGAUGGCAACGAAGCCUCCUUAUUCAACACGCCGGACUCCCAGUGCCUUGUGCUGGCUGUUCAGCGCUGCCCUGCAGCCGACACUACGUACACUUGUGACCUGCAAAGCCCGGGACUGAGCCCUCUCAGGGUUGCCGUCUCUGUCACCGUCAUCCAGGAUGGAGACACCACCUGCCCUGAGGACUCUUCAACUAUUGUCUGGAACGUCACCAAGUCUGGCCAUGUGGCACAGGCCCCGUGUCCCGGGAAGAGGAGGGGCAUGGUGAAGAGGCCUUGUAGGCCUGAGGGGGUCUGGGGCCUCCACAGCAGCUGCACGGACACGGGGCUCCUGGCCUUGCUUCUUAGAGCCCGGCUGCUGAGGGCAGGCCAGGGCUGGCCUGUGGAUGAGGUGCCACAGAUCUUGGCUCAGCUGCCGGAGCAGGCAGUGGUGGUGACCUCACCCACCGACUUAUUGGCACUGGUGGGCACCAUGACAAUCCUGGCCAAGGUGGUGGCAGAUGCCAGAAUACAGCUCAACAGCAGUGCCCUGGAGGCGCUCCUGAGAACCACAGACAAGGUCCUUGACAUGGACUCCAGUUCUCUGUGGACCCCGGCCCGGGCCCAGAAGCCCUCGGUGGGCUCCAAUCUCCUGCUGGCUGUGGAGACCCUGGCACGCAGCCUGUGCCCACAGGAUCAGCCCUUCUCCUUCGUCUUGCCCAACGUGCAGCUGCAGAGCCAGCUCCUCAGGCCCACAUUUCCUGCCGACUACAGAGUCUCCUUCCCUACUCAGCCCCCGCUGCAGGCGCAGAUUCCCAGGCACUCACUGGCCCCACUGGGCCAUAAUGGAACCAACGUCAGUGUUACUAGCCUGGUGCUGCGAAAACUGGACCACCUUCUGCCCUCGAACUAUGGACAAGGGCUGGGGGACUCCAUCUAUGCCACUCCUGGGCUGGUCCUCGCCAUCUCCAUCAUGGCAGGUGGCCAGGUCUUCAACCAGGGAGAGGUCAUCAUGGACUUUGGGGACACAGAUGGCAGUCCCCACUGUGUCUUCUGGGACCAUGAUCUCUUCCAGGGCAAGGGAGGCUGGUCUGAGGCAGGGUGCCAGGUGCAGGCAGCCAGUGCCAGCCCCACCACUCAGUGUAUCUGCCGGCACCUCACUGCCUUCUCCAUCCUCAUGUCUGGACACACGGUUCCAAAAGACCCCACCCUGGAGAUGCUGAGUCAGGUGGGCUUGGGGGCCUCCAUUCUGGCACUGCUCGUGUGCCUGGGCGUGUACAGGCUGGUGUGGAGAUUCGUGGUGCGGAACAAAGUUGCCUAUUUACGCCACACGGCUCUGCUCAACGUGGUGCUCUGCCUCCUGGCCGCAGACACCUGCUUCCUAGGAGCCCCACUGCUUCCUCCAGGACCCCACAGUCCGCUCUGCCUGGCCGCUGCCUUCCUCUGUCAUUUCCUCUACCUGGCCACCUUUUUCUGGAUGCUGGCUCAGGCCCUGAUGUUGGCCCACCAGCUGCUCUUCGUCUUCCAUCAGCUGUCCAAGCACCGAGUAUUCUCCCUGAUGGUGUUCCUUGGCUAUCUGUGCCCGAUGGGGUUUGCAGGUGUCGCUCUGGGCCUCUACUCACCCCGAGGGCAAUACCUGGGGGAGGGGGCAUGCUGGUUGGACAAGAAGGGAGGAGCGCUCUCCACCCUCGUGGGUCCAGUGGGACCUUCGCUGUCAGAGGGACCCCAGGUGGAGAAGCACCAAGCCCUCCUGGGGGUGAUCAAAGCUCUGCUCGUUCUCACACCCAUCUUUGGCCUCACCUGGGGGCUGGGUCUGGCCACUCUGCUAGAGGAAGUCUCCAUAGUCCCUCACUACGUCUUCACAGUUCUCAACACCUCCCAGGGUGUCUUCAUCUUAUUGUUUGGUUGCCUCAUGGACAGGAAGGUGCAAGAGGCAUUACGCAAAACACUUCUGCCGCACCCAGCCCCCCAGCUCCCUGGUGAGUUGCUGGCUUCAAAUUCUCACUUCUCCCCGCUGAGAGCUGGUCAGAAGUAG